AUAUAUACAGUACAUUAUGUAUACAUGAUACCAAACCGUACGGGCUAAUGAUUAAAACGUAAAGUUUGCAAUUGCACGUGGUUGAGUACAUUAAGGAUGGCGCUCUCUGUGAAACAGGAAGGCGUAAAACAAGUACCAUGGUUUUCGCUUACGGAAUGGCACGAGGUGUACAAACAAGUUUACUCUAAUGAUGUAAAUGAACAAAUCAAGGGGUAUGAAAUGUUACUUACAUGGAAAGCAAGGAUAUCAAAGUUACCAGUAGGGGUGGACUGUACUCUUUCAAUUAUGCAAAUCUGUCUUAGAGAUCGUGAAUGGACUCCCAAGAUUAACAAUGGAGAGUUACCAAUUAGUUAUGAAAAUGAUUUGUGUUUGAUGUAUUCAACUGUAAUAAUGAGACUUUUAAAUCAUAUAUCUAACAUAGGACAUACGAAGCAAACAUCCUUGUUUCAGAUUGCAAAACAGCUCAAUAUUCCAGAAUGGAUAGUUAACUUAAGGCAUGAUACUGCUCAUGGAUACGAAUUACCAUCCAUUGGUGUAUUAAGAAUAGCUACAAAUAUAUUGUUAGCUUGGAUACAUGAAGAAUAUUGGGCAAGUGAAAUUAAAAGAAUGCAGAUGUGUCUCAACAAUGAUGAGUCUAUGAGAGAAGCUCAAGAAACUGAAGAGAUUCAGGAUUUUGACGAUUUAAUUGAACUUUGGACUGCUGUUAAUUUAUAUAUUCAUGCUGGAUACCAUUUAGUAUCUAAUAUUCCAGAUCUUCAAUUAAAGGAAACACUACAAGAUUUACGUUCAUAUGCCAUUUCCUUGUCAGAACAAAGUAACGAAGACACUGAAAAUGAUAAAGAUAACUAUAUAGAUGCAGUUAAUGAUGACAUAAAAAAGGAUAAAAAGUACACCUUAGAAACUGCAAGAACUGUUCUUUUAUCAGAAAUAUCUAGAUAUCUUAAUAGAAAAUCUAUUCCUCAUAAAAAGGAUAUAGUUUGCAAUGCACUGUUUAAUACAGAAGCUUUCUUACCAAGUCAAGAUACUUUGUUAAUUUUUACUCAAAGAAAAAAUACUAGAAAUGAAUUAGAGGAUAAUAUUUUGCCAUUAGAUAUGAUUAAAUUUUGGAAAGACAUCAUUUUUUUAUUAUACGAAAAGGAAAUGAUGGAAGAAUUAAUUUUAGGACUACUGAAAUUAACAAAUAAUGAGGAGAUAGAUAAAUCUAAAAGAUUACUAGCUGCUUUAUGGAUAAGUUCUCUAUCUUAUUGUUUUCUAAAAUUGGAUUAUGCUCAUUGCAUAUCUCGAACUCUAGAAUAUCAAUUAGAAAAAAAGAUGCAGAAAAGAUUAUCACCAACUGUUUUUGAGCUUAAAGUCAAAGAAGAAACGGAUCGUACUUAUCCACAUUUAAAAGAUACUCUGUGGUUUAAUUUAUCAGAUGUUGUACCAUCUUGUUUAACUGACAUAAAUUUUAUUUCAAAACUUAUUUUAAAUGCAAAUCAGUUUUCUGCUAAAUUCAUCUCACCGAUGUUGGAAUUAGUAAGCCCAAAGAUAGAUAAAGAAAAUAAACAAUUAUUACUAAAUUUAGUCAAUAUUUAUACUGUAGGAAAACCAACUGAUAAUAAAUGCAUAAAGGAAUAUGAAAAGACCUUCACUAUCGAAGAUGUUCAGGGUGACGGACAUAAAUUAAACGAAAAUAACGAAGAAAAUAAAACUGAAAAUAAAAUAAUUAAUUUCCUAGUUGACAAAAAGAUUCGAAAUUCUUACUGGAAAUUUGCAAUUACAAAUUGUAAUUGGACUGAGUGUCCAAUUGGCUUACUUCCUUGGCAACGUGAUACCUUGGAAGUUUUAAAUCCAUUGAAGACUGCAUCACAAAAGCAUAACGUCUCAAUUUUAGAAUCUGAAAUUGUCCCAGGAAUUAUUGAUCGGAAGGACUUAGAGAUGCAAAGCCAAAUUAACUGGGAUAAUGUUUUGAGGAAAAAGAAGCGUAUGAAACGGAAACAUGAACGGCGGAAUGCAGAUAUUAUAGUGAAUAGAGCAUUGGAGGCUGUAAAAAAGCAAAAAUAAUGUGUUACAGUUUUA